GUCCCACGAGAAAACUUUGGUGAAGCUCAGCGGCGGUGAACGAGUUGCGAUGGCGGCAGUGUAGUCGGGACAGACGUCGGUCAACGUCUGCGCGCAAGACAUGAUAGCGCGCCUGCGCGUCGUAAUCCGCUAAACCGAUUCCCAGGAGUCGCACCGAGCGCCCGCGGGUCCUCUAGCCCGGACCGUACCCGGACCUGGCUGACCGAGUACAGUGCCGCGAGGCUGGGCCUACGCGAUGCAGACGCAACAAACACAGCAGCAACAGCAACAGCAACAGCAACAGCAACAGCAACAGCAACAGCAACAGCAACAGCAGCAGCAGCAGCAUCAGCAGCAACACGGCCACCAGCAGAUCGUUCCCGGCUCGAGCGUCAUCCUCAAGAUGAACGAGACCGUAGUGCAACAGCUGUCGACCGUCGGGUUACUGGAACUUGCCCAUCGAGAAUAUCAAGCUGGAGACUAUGAAAAUGCGGAAAGGCAUUGUAUGCAAUUAUGGAGGCAAGAAACAAAUAACACAGGAGUUCUACUGUUACUUUCUUCGAUACACUUUCAGUGUCGCAGACUUGAAAAAUCCGCUCACUACAGUAGCUUAGCUAUUAAGCAGAAUCCUUUACUGGCCGAAGCAUACAGUAACUUGGGAAAUGUUUACAAAGAGCGUGGACAGCUUCAAGAAGCAUUGGAAAACUAUCGUCAUGCUGUUCGGUUGAAACCGGACUUCAUAGAUGGUUACAUUAAUCUUGCAGCGGCUUUGGUUGCAGCGGGAGACAUGGAGCAAGCUGUUCAGGCAUAUGUUACAGCAUUACAGUAUAAUCCAGAUCUUUAUUGCGUAAGAAGCGAUCUUGGUAAUCUCUUGAAAGCAUUAGCAAGACUCGAUGAAGCCAAGGCCUGCUACUUGAAGGCCAUCGAGACGCGCCCGGACUUCGCGGUCGCCUGGAGCAACCUCGGCUGCGUCUUCAAUGCCCAGGGCGAAAUAUGGCUGGCCAUUCACCAUUUCGAGAAGGCGGUUGCUCUCGACCCGAACUUCCUUGAUGCCUACAUUAAUCUCGGCAACGUCCUCAAGGAGGCCCGUAUAUUCGACAGGGCUGUCGCCGCUUAUCUUCGUGCUCUGAAUCUGAGCCCUAACAAUGCAGUCGUCCAUGGAAACUUGGCCUGUGUUUACUAUGAGCAGGGGCUCAUCGAUCUUGCGAUCGACACAUACCGGCGCGCCAUCGAGCUUCAACCAAACUUCCCGGAUGCCUACUGCAACCUGGCGAACGCCCUCAAGGAAAAGGGCCAAGUGGUCGAGGCCGAGGAGUGCUACAAUACGGCCCUGCGCCUAUGUCCCACCCACGCCGACUCCCUUAAUAAUCUGGCCAACAUAAAGCGCGAGCAGGGCUACAUCGAGGAGGCAACGCGGCUCUACCUUAAAGCUUUAGAGGUCUUCCCCGAGUUCGCGGCCGCCCACAGCAACUUGGCUUCGGUCCUCCAACAACAAGGCAAACUCAACGAGGCCCUCAUGCAUUACAAGGAGGCGAUACGCAUCCAGCCGACCUUCGCCGACGCCUACUCGAACAUGGGCAAUACCUUGAAGGAGAUGCAGGACGUACAGGGCGCCCUUCAGUGCUACACCCGGGCUAUACAGAUCAAUCCUGCCUUCGCGGAUGCCCACUCGAAUCUUGCCUCCAUUCACAAGGACUCGGGUAACAUACCCGAGGCCAUACAGAGCUACCGCACCGCUCUCAAGCUCAAGCCGGACUUCCCCGAUGCCUACUGCAACUUGGCUCACUGUCUGCAGAUCGUCUGCGACUGGACGGAUUACGAGGCGCGGAUGAAGAAGCUCGUCUCGAUCGUCGCCGAGCAGCUGGAUAAGAAUCGCCUACCCAGCGUGCACCCUCACCAUUCCAUGCUUUACCCGCUGUCGCACGAGUUCAGGAAGGCCAUCGCUGCGAGACACGCCAACCUCUGUAUCGAAAAGAUUCACGUGCUGCACAAGCUGCCGUACAAGUAUCCACGGGAGUCGGGGAUACGCCUGAAGAUCGGCUACGUGAGCUCGGACUUUGGUAACCAUCCAACCUCUCACCUGAUGCAAUCGAUCCCCGGCCUCCACGAGCGCCAGAGCGUCGAGAUAUUUUGCUAUGCCCUGAGCUCGGACGACGGGACCGCGUUUCGCGGCAAGAUCGCCCGCGAGGCCGAGCACUUUGUCGAUCUAUCGCAGGUGCCAUGCAACGGCAAGGCUGCCGACCGCAUAAACGCCGACGGCAUUCACAUCCUCGUCAAUAUGAAUGGCUACACCAAGGGCGCGAGGAACGAGAUAUUCGCCCUGAGACCAGCCCCCAUACAGGUCAUGUGGCUCGGUUAUCCCGGCACGUCCGGAGCGAGCUUCAUGGACUAUCUAAUUACCGACGAAGUAACGUCGCCCCUUGAACUCGCCAACCAGUACAGCGAGAAGCUCGCCUACAUGCCUCACACCUAUUUCAUCGGUGACCAUAGGCAAAUGUUUCCACAUCUAAAGGAGCGGCUAAUCCUCACGGACAAGCUCAACAAAGGCAAUAAACUCGCCGACAAUGUAGCCGUUAUUAACGCCACUGAUCUCUCACCCAUGAUCGAGAGCACACUAAUAAAGGAAAUCAAAGAGGUGAUCGUACCGGAGGGCCACUCGAAGAACAAGGCUGUUGAAAUAUCGAUGAAGGUCGCUGAGUUGCCGACUACGACACCAAUCGAGACGAUGAUCGCCUCGGGACAGUGCCAAAUGUCGGUGAACGGUGUCGUUGUGCAAAAUGGCAUGGCCACGACGCAGGUUAACAACAAAACCGCCACCGGCGAGGAAGUACCCCAAAACAUUGUAAUCACAACGAGACAACAGUACGGCUUACCCGAGGACGCCGUCGUCUACUGUAACUUCAAUCAGCUAUAUAAGAUAGAUCCACUCACGCUGCAUAUGUGGGCAUACAUCCUGAAACACGUGCCUAACAGCGUCCUCUGGUUGCUACGCUUCCCCGCCGUGGGCGAGCCCAACCUCCAGGCAACGGCUCAGCAGCUCGGACUCUCCUCCGGCCGCAUCCUCUUCAGUAACGUCGCCGCCAAGGAGGAGCACGUGCGUCGCGGUCAACUGGCCGACGUCUGCCUGGAUACGCCCCUCUGUAAUGGCCACACCACCAGUAUGGACGUCCUCUGGACGGGAACGCCCGUGGUUACGCUGCCCGGCGAGACUCUCGCAUCGCGGGUUGCCGCUAGCCAGCUCAACACCCUCGGGUGCCCGGAGCUUGUCGCACGCACCAGGCAGGAGUACCAGGAGAUCGCCGUCAGGCUCGGGACCGACCGCGAGUUCUUGAAAGCCAUCCGGGCCAAGGUGUGGAAGGCACGCUCGGACAGUCCGCUCUUCAACUGCAAAAUGUACGCUGCCGGCAUGGAGAUGCUUUACAAGAAAAUGUGGGAGCGCUACGCUAGAGGCGAGAAGCCCGAUCACUUGGCCGCCAUCGACAAGUCGGAUAAUAAAAACGACACGACGAUCUCUUAAGUCCUCGUUUGAAAAAUGGGCGAAGGAGAGAGCGAGAGAGAGAGAGAGAGAGAGAGUGUGUG